AUGGCUAUUUUUGAUCGGUCUUGCGGGCCGCUGUCUCCAAGGAUCUUGUCUUUGCUGCGUCGAAGAAAGACCCGCAAUGAUAUCCACGACCACUUCAACCACCUCUUCGACGACCACAUCUACUCCGGCCCCUUUCUCUACGACCACAAUGCUAGCGAAGUAGGAUUUAGGAUUCGCUGGAUCUCGACUCCUGUCUCUGCUGCGUCGAAGACUCCCAACAAGCGGCAUUCCACAACUACAAUGAAUGUCCUUCUGCGCUGUCAACAAAUCAUCCUAAUUAAAGAUUCUUGGAACAACAAUUGCAAUUAACUCCUGAGAUUUGAUUUGCAGGAGCAAUUAUAUCUGGCUUUGUUUUUGUUUAUUCUAUUAUUACUUGCAUUGGCUGUCUCGUGAGUCUUUAGUUUGUAAGAAAUGCAAAAGAUAUUGCACAGGAAUUUCUGCAA